AUGGGGGGAUCUUACGAUGUCAUAGUCGUUGGAGCAGGGUGGUACGGUCUAGCAGCCGCCAAAGCAUAUCUGCACAUGCACCCAUAUUCCAAGCUCGCCAUAUUGGAAGCUGGAGAAUCAUGCGGCGGCACUUGGUCAAGAAACCGGCUGUACCCGAGUCUCAAGUCCAACAAUUGCGUGGGCACGUAUGAGUUCCCAGACUUCCCCAUGUCGGAGGAGAUAUACGGCCUCAAACCACCCAGCCACAUUCCCGGUGCUGUAUUAUUCCGGUAUUUGACGGAUUACGCUCGGUACUAUGGCAUUUUGGACAUGAUCCAAUUUCACACCCGAGUUGACUUGGUGCAGCCCAGUGGCGACGGCUGGCGGCUUCUGGUGACUGGGCCAAGAGGCGUAAAGCCUAUUGAAACUGAUCGACUCAUCAUCGCCACAGGUCUUACCAACACCCCCAAUAUCCCUUCUUAUCCAGGGUUGAAAACGUUCGGCGCUCCCUUCUUUCACGUUCGAGAGUUUUGCCAGGAGAUGCAGGCCAUCCGUGGAGUAAAAAGUGCCAUCGUCGUCGGGGGAGGCAAGUCUGCCUUUGAUACUGCCUAUGCCUUGGUUGAGGAUGGGACCGAGGUGGAUAUGGUAAUCCGGUCAAAGGGAAGAGGACCGGCCUGGAUCUCGCCGCCUGUGGUUACGAUUUUCAAAAAGUUUUUAGAUCGGCUGCUCAAUGUGAGAUGGGUCACCUGGUUCAGCCCAUGUCCCUGGGGUGCUGAGGAUGGAUUCCCUCGGACUCGACACUUUCUUCACCAGACAAGACUGGGUCGCUUCCUUGUUGACUGGUUCUGGAGAACGUUUGGUAGUUACGUUAUCUCUGCCAAUCGUUACGAUUCCCACCCAGAGAUCAAAAAGCUCAAACCCUGGCAUUCGUCAUUUUGGAUCGGGAGUAGGCUGAGUAUCCUCAACUACGACAAACCAAUAUGGGACUUUAUCAAGCAGGGGAAAAUCCGAGUCCAUGUUGACCAGAUAGAGUCUCUCGAAUACAAGAGGGCGUUUUUAGCAUCAGGAAGCAUCAUCGACACUGAUGCUCUUAUAUGCGCGACGGGGUGGAGGAAGAAUAAUUCCAUCAAAUUCAUUGGGCUAGGUGAUGAAGGGCUUGGAUUACCAUUUAACAAAUCGGACAAAAGACUGCUAGAACAGAAAGCAGAUGAAAGAAUUCUCUACAUGUUCCCCGGUCUAGCAAACCAGCCCGAAAUUUCUCACCAGAAAAGGGGUGAAGAACCUGUACGAUAUUACCGAUUUAUGAUCCCUCCGACACUGGUUCCGUCUCGAAACUUGGCCUUUGCCGGGAUGGUCUCGUCAGUAGCAUCGCCAAUUAUCGCGACCAUCCAAGGCCUAUGGAUCUCAACAUUCUUUGACAACAACCUCGACCGCGCACCGCACACCCUUGAAGAGGUUACGUACGAGGUGAUGCUUCAUACUCAGUGGGGGAAGUGGCGUUACCCGUGCGGAUAUGGCUCGAAUACUCCUGACCUCGGCCUGGAUGGCAUACCGUACGCAAACAUGUUGAUGAGAGACUUGGGGCUACGGGUAAAUCGAAAACCGACGAUAUACGCCGAGCUCACCAGCCCAUAUGUUCCAGCAGAUUUCCGGGGACUGUCUGAAGAAUGGGAGAGGACGCAUGAAAAGAACGAGAAGGAAUAUUGGGAGGACUAUGAGAUAGAGGAGCCUCUAAAAAUCGUAAUUAAUUAA